UUCUUCUCAGCAGGUUCUCUACUUGUAAAAGACAAUGACUACUGAUGAAGGUGCCAAGAACAAUGGAGAAAGCCCCGCAGCAGCAGCCGUUGCUGAUCAGGGAGAGGAUAUCACCUCUAAAAAGGACAGAGGAGUGCUAAAGAUUGUGAAGAGGGCGGGGAACAGUGAGGAAACGCCAAUGAUCGGAGAUAGAGUUUAUGUCCAUUACAACGGAAAGCUGGCAAAUGGAAAGAAGUUUGAUUCCAGUCGUGAUAGAAAUGAACCAUUUGUCUUUAGUCUUGGCAAAGGCCAAGUUAUCAAGGCAUGGGACAUUGGGGUGGCCACCAUGAAGAAAGGAGAGAUGUGCCACUUACUGUGCAAACCAGAGUAUGCAUAUGGCUCGGCUGGCAGUGUCCCCAAAAUUCCCUCGAAUGCAACUCUCUUUUUUGAGAUUGAGCUCCUGGAUUUCAAAGGAGAGGAUUUGUUUGAAGAUGGAGGCAUUAUCCGGAGAAUCAAAAGGAAAGGGGAAGGCUAUUCAUACCCAAACGAAGGAGCCACAGUAGAAGUCCACCUGGAGGGCCGCUGUGGCGACAGGACAUUUGACUGCCGAGAUGUGGUCUUCACCGUGGGCGAGGGCGAGGACCACGACAUUCCCAUCGGGAUCGACAAGGCGCUGGAGAAGAUGCAGCGGGAAGAGCAGUGCAUCUUGCACGUGGGGCCCCGAUAUGGUUUUGGAGAGGCAGGGAAGCCUAAAUUUGGCAUUGAACCUAAUGCUGAGCUUAUAUAUGAAGUUACACUUAAGAGCUUCGAAAAGGCCAAAGAAUCCUGGGAGAUGGAUACCAAAGAAAAAUUGGAGCAGGCUGCCAUCGUCAAGGAGAAGGGAACUGUGUACUUCAAGGGCGGCAAGUACUUGCAGGCGGUGAUUCAGUACGGGAAGAUCGUGUCCUGGCUCGAGAUGGAGUACGGCCUGUCGGAGAAGGAGUCCAAGGCCUCGGAGUCCUUCCUGCUCGCCGCCUUCCUCAACCUGGCCAUGUGCUACCUGAAGCUCCGCGAGUACACCAAGGCCGUCCAGUGCUGCGAUAAGGCCCUAGGACUGGACAGUGCCAAUGAGAAGGGCUUGUACAGGAGGGGUGAAGCCCAGCUGCUCAUGAACGAGUUCGAGUCGGCCAGGGGUGACUUUGAGAAGGUGCUGGAGGUCAACCCCCAGAACAAGGCCGCGAGACUGCAGAUCUCCAUGUGCCAGAGGAAGGCAAAGGAGCACAACGAGCGGGACCGCAGGAUCUAUGCCAACAUGUUCACCAAGUUUGCAGAGCAGGAUGCCAAGGAAGAGGCCAGUAAAGCAAUGGGCAAGAAGACUUUAGAAGGGGUCACCAAUGAAAAGGAAACCAGAAGCCAAGCCGUGGAAGGAGAGAGAGCGAAAGGCCAUGUAUGACACCAGGCAAAGGAGGGAAGAGUCCUAAUGAACUCGGCCCCUCCCCAGGCUUUCCCCAACUCAGGACUAAACAGUGUUCAAUGUCAAGUUCGUCAUAGUCUAUGUGAUUCUGGAAGCAAAUGGCAAAACCAGUAGCUUCCCAAAAACCACACCCUGCUGCUGCCCAGCGCUCUCAUCGAGGGGUGGCAUGGGACCACUCCGGGGGAACAAACAGAUGACUGUUGGGGCGGAGACAGCCAACAGCGGAGUCCAGCUCAUUUCAGUUCAUGUCAACUUCACUGCCCAAUUCAGGGUCCCUUGAGAUACUCCUAACAAUUUGGGGCUGUCUGUUAGGUUUUACAUUUGAUUGAAUUUUAAUAGCAAUUCAGAAACCUAAAAAUAAAUGCUUAAUGAAUUUU